CAUUUUUUGGGAACUUGGAUUUGCAUAGCUGUAAAUUAAAAAAGCUGUUUCACAAUAUUGACGCUAAAGACAGUUGCACUUUCAAGACAGUCCCUUACUAGAGAGGCUUUCAGUUCCUUGUCUUUUUGUUGUUGUUACGUGUUUGCAUAAGAGCAGUUGAGUUUAUCGCUAACGAGCUAUUGAUAUUUGAAGCUCUGGGAUUUGGCAGCAAAAUCAUAGCAAAACUCGUGUAAUGCAGCCUACGGCUGCAUUUGUAAAUUAUUUGCAUACUGUACUUUUCCAGUAAUAAAACUGCAAAACCCCAAAUAGUUUGCGUAGAUUGCGUACGAUUUGACAGCAUGCGAAAUGAGUUUCGUUUUCAUUCUGAUUAGAGGGGCAACAUAAUAGCCAUAUUCAUUCGAAUACGUAAAAUUUUGAUCCGAAAUAUUUCCUGUUUUUCUUAUUUAUUUUUUAACUCAUACUAAUAAAACAUAGCCUAUCCGUGCAGAUAUACGUUAACGUAGGCUACAGCUGACACGUGCUAUAACAAUGCAACUUGAGAUAAACAUUCUAUCGUAACUUCUGGUACGAGACAGAGACGGUUUGCAUGAAUGAACAGAAUGGGGGAUUAGCCACGAGGGUGUCAACGGGAAGUUUUAAAAAGUGAAUCGACCCACUAUUCUUCCUAUAGCUAUAAUCCUGAACUGUGUGGGGGGGGGGGUAGGCUAAUUCCGGUAAAGCACUCCAAAACGAUACAGACUUAAAUAACAUCUCGGGAAAUUCACCAUCAAGCUGUCAACUAGAACGCCGGGCUUUCCAAAUAGUUCUAAAAUCAUUAGCCUACUUAAUCACGCCCCCCUGCUAGGCUACUCGCGACGCCCGUGCUCUAAAGUAGCGCGUAGAACCUCAAGGCGACAGUGUAAGCAAAGCGACCAAGUGACUCACAACUUCUGCGGAGCUUGCAGGUGCGUGGCGACAUCCUCAUCACCGGUUUACUUCAGAGAGAAGACAGCCGCAUCUCGCGCAAGAGCUGCCCGGUAACGGCUGGUGCCCAAGAGCUGCCCGAGACUCUCCAGUGCCAUUGGGCGGAUAGCUGGCGACACACCACAGCGGGUUAGUCAUGAUGGUGGUUUGGGGGGUCGCCCUGCUCCUGCUGGGAUUGCUGGAGCGCGUCGGCGGGGCUACAGAGGGGUGCGCCAGAUGGGUCCCCUCCGCUGAUGACGGUGAUGUGUGCUGCCAACUGUGCAAGCCAGGGAAUCAUUUGGUCCGCAACUGUGGCCCAGAUCCCAAGACUCUGUGUGAGCCCUGCAGGGAAGGCACCUACCUCAGCGACCCAGGUCUGGAGUCCUGCCGCAGGUGUACUCAGUGCACAGGUGUGCGAACGGAGACGCAAGCCUGCACCAGAACCUCCGACACAGUGUGCGGCUGCAAGACGGGGUACCGCUGUGCGGACGCCAUGUGCUCCUCCUGCUCCCAGGAGUGUGGAGCGGGGCAGCAGCCCGUAGCCAACGGGACCUGCCAGGCAUGCCCGCCCGGGACCUUCAACCACAAGAUCCACAGCCAGUGUGUCCCGUGGAGCACCAGGUGCCCCCAGCCAGAGCAGAAGAUCGUGAAGCCGGGCACCGCGGUCAGCGACAUCGUCUGCGACUUCCUCCCAAACGGCGGCAACGGUCGUACAGAGGGGAUGAUGGUGGCAAUCCUGGUCAUGUCUCCCAUCUUCCUCGCCAUAUUAGCGGUCUGCAUCCUCAUCAUUUGGAACAAGAAGAAGAAGAUGAUGAAGAAACAGCAGAAGCAGACGAUCACCAAGGAACCCGCGACAGACACGCCAGUAACAGUUUCGAUGGAGUUCAGGCGUCUGGUGGAGCAGGAGAGCACCUGCUGUUUCCCCCAACAGGAGCAGGGCAGCAGCCUGGAGUCUGUGGCCUCCCUCGAAUCCGAAGUCAAACUCCUCACAGUGUGAGGGGCACCAGAACCCACCCUCACACCCAGCCCCCCUAUCUGACUG